UUUGUUUUUUUUUUUUAAGUGAAACCCUUUUCCUUUCUUAUUUUAGGUAUCUCUCACCAGUCUUGAUGAAGUUGGUUAUAUUGCAAUAUUCUUGACCCCACUUUUCCUUACCAAAGCCAGUGACUUGAAGUCUCCCAUCAAGGAGACCAGUUCUGUGAACUCAAGCAGACCUCUUUGUUAGCCAUAAGAAACCUUUCCCAGAAACUCUUGCCGACCAAAUUGCACUUUACUGAGGAUGAACCCAUCAAGCCAAAUCAACAUUGCUGCAGAUCCAAGUAUCUUGGAGGCGGAAUAUUAAAACUACAAGCAUUCGUGAGAGUGUGAUUUCUACACUGGACACCCCAGAGUUCUCUUCCCUUCUCAAGUGUUCAGCACCCUGUGGAAGUUGUGUGCUAUCUUCGGACUCAAGGCCUUGCUUGUCACGCUGGGGGAAGGCGCAGUGACUGUUUUAUGGUGGGUGACUUGCUUGCCAGUCUGAGGAUGAGUGCCCACACUACCCCAGCCGAGAAGGGUCUCAACCCGGGACUGAUGUGCCAGGAGAGCUACGCCUGCAGCGGGACAGAUGAGGCAAUCUUCGAGUGUGACGAGUGCUGCAGCCUGCAGUGUCUCCGCUGCGAGGAAGAGCUCCAUCGGCAAGAACGGCUGCGCAACCACGAGCGGAUAAGACUCAAACCUGGCCACGUCCCGUACUGUGACCCAUGCAAGGGCCCCAAUGGGCACUCUCCGAGUGUUAGGCAGAGGGCGGCAGUGAGGUGCCAGACGUGUAAAAUCAACCUGUGCCUCGAGUGUCAGAAGAGGACUCACUCUGGGGGUAAUAAAAGGAGACACCCCAUUACUGCAUACCAGGCCAAGACCCAGGAAUUACUGGACGAUGACGAGAUGGAUGAGGAGACCAGGAGGAGGAGGAUGACUGAGAAGGUCGUGAGUUUCCUCCUCGUAGAUGAAAACGAAGAGAUUCAAGUAACAAAUGAAGAAGACUUUAUUAGGAAAUUGGACUGCAAACCUGAUCAGCAUCUAAAGGUUGUCUCCAUAUUUGGAAAUACUGGUGAUGGAAAGUCUCAUACCCUCAACCACACUUUCUUUUACGGCCGUGAAGUCUUCAAAACCUCCCCUGCCCAGGAGUCUUGCACCGUGGGAGUGUGGGCUGCAUAUGACCCAGUCCACAAAGUGGCUGUGAUCGACACAGAAGGGCUCUUGGGAGCGACGGUGAAUCUAAGCCAGAGAACACGACUGUUACUCAAAGUGUUGGCCAUCUCAGACCUCGUCAUCUAUCGAACUCACGCAGACCGGCUGCAUAACGAUCUCUUCAAGUUCCUGGGGGAUGCCUCGGAAGCUUACCUGAAACACUUUACCAAGGAGCUCAAGGCCACCACUGCCCGCUGUGGUCUUGAUGUCCCCUUGUCUACCCUGGGUCCCGCCGUUAUCAUUUUCCAUGAGACUGUGCAUACCCAGCUGUUGGGCUCUGAUCAUCCCUCAGAGGUGCCAGAGAAGCUCAUUCAGGACCGGUUCCGGAAACUGGGCCGCUUCCCGGAAGCCUUCAGUUCCAUUCACUACAAGGGAACAAGGACUUACAACCCUCCCACUGACUUCUGUGGGCUCCGACGGGCUUUGGAGCAGCAGCUGGAGAAUAACACCACCCGCUCUCCCCGGCACCCCGGAGUUAUCUUCAAAGCCCUGAAGGCCCUGAGCGACCGCUUCAGUGGGGAGAUCCCGGAUGACCAGAUGGCGCACAGCUCCUUCUUCCCAGAUGAGUACUUCACCUGCUCCUGCUUGUGCCUCAGCUGUGGGGCUGGCUGUAAGAACAGCAUGAACCAUGGGAAAGAAGGGGUCCCCCACGAAGCCAAGAGCCGCUGCCGGUAUUCCCACCAGUAUGACAACCGAGUUUUCACCUGCAAGGCCUGCUACGAGAGAGGCAAGGAAGUCAGUGUCGUGCCCAAGACAUCUGCCUCCACCGACUCCCCCUGGAUGGGCCUCGCCAAGUACGCCUGGUCAGGAUACGUGAUUGAGUGUCCCAACUGCGGGGUGGUCUAUCGUAGUCGGCAGUACUGGUUUGGAAACCAAGAUCCUGUGGACACGGUUGUGCGGACGGAGAUUGUGCAUGUGUGGCCUGGAACAGAUGCCUUUCUGAAGGACAACAACAACGCUGCUCAGCGCCUCUUGGAUGGGAUGAACUUCAUGGCUCAGUCAGUGUCUGAGCUUAGCCUUGGGCCCACCAAGGCUGUGACUUCCUGGCUGACUGAUCAGAUCGCUCCUGCCUACUGGAGGCCCAACUCUCAGAUCUUGAGCUGCAGCAAGUGUGCUACAUCCUUUAAAGACAAUGACACCAAGCAUCAUUGCCGGGCGUGUGGGGAGGGCUUCUGUGACAGCUGCUCCUCCAAGACCAGGCCAGUGCCCGAGCGGGGCUGGGGCCCCGCGCCCGUGCGGGUGUGCGACAACUGCUACGAAGCCAGGAGCAUCCAGUUAGAUGUCACUGAGGCUCAGGCUGACGAUGAAGGCGGGACACUGAUUGCACGGAAGGUGGGCGAGGCUGUGCAGAACACACUGGGGGCCGUGGUGACAGCCAUCGACAUACCACUAGGUCUGGUGAAGGACGCUGCCAGGCCCGCCUACUGGGUGCCCGACCACGAGAUCCUGCACUGCCACAACUGCCGGAAGGAGUUCAGCGUCAAGCUCUCCAAGCACCACUGCCGGGCCUGCGGACAGGGCUUCUGCGACGAGUGCUCCCACGACCGCCGGGCCGUCCCCUCGAGAGGCUGGGACCAUCCUGUCCGAGUCUGCUUUAACUGCAAUAAAAAGCCCGGCGACCUUUAACCCCAGCUCCCUCUUGGAGUCCUUCACAAUUCCUUAGGUUCUCAGGGUUAGAAACAGAACUCGCAUUGAGGCUAGGCCCUCCUCCCGGGCACCUAUCAUGCGUCCUCUCAGCUCUUCUGGGAGCCACUUUUCCUCGGUGGGAGGAAGUGGUGGGGCAGUUGUCCGACCAGGGGGUGCCUGGUGGCAGGCCCCAAGGCAUAAACCUCUUCUGCCCAGGGGAAGAAA